AGAACGACUGGGAGGGGUUUCCCCUCAGUUUAACUCUUCGUUCAUGGAAAGCAAUAAAACGGAGUGAUGAAGAGGUCUUUGGGAUGCGGAAGAAAGGAAGGAAUGCUCUGCAGCGGUUCUUCAGUCACUGAAUCGUAAGAGAGUACGGCACAAUUAGCCUGUAUGGUUAAGACUGGAUAUAUCUGAAGAACAACGCAUCACACUACUGCUGUAAACUGAACGUUGCGGGAUUUUGCUCACUGCUUCAAAAGGAAUUCAUUGCAGUUAUUCAACGUGGAUCCACUGCACCAUUCAGGAAUUUAAGGUAUGGGAUAUGGACCACAUUGCAGCGCUAAAAUGAGAAGUCUGUGGGUCGGUGUUUUGUUCAUGACUUUCACCUGCCAUCUGAGCCUUUCUCAGACUACUACAGGGAUUCCUAAAGAGUCAGAGCUCAAUGAUAACAUCACAGUAUUCACACGAAUCCUGGAUGGAUUGCUGGAUGGCUACGAUAACAGACUGCGACCUGGGCUUGGAGAGAAAGUGACAGAAAUAAAAACCAACAUCUUUGUGACCAGCUUUGGACCAGUGUCAGAUACUGAGAUGGAAUACACCAUUGAUGUGUUUUUCCGUCAAAGCUGGAAGGAUGAACGUUUGUGUUUCAAGGGGCCGAUGGAGAUGCUACCUCUGAAUAACCUGCUGGCCAGUAAUAUCUGGACACCAGACACCUUUUUCCUUAAUGGCAAAAAAUCCAUUGCUCACAACAUGACAACGCCCAACAAGCUUCUGAGACUGAAGGAUGAUGGGACAUUGCUGUACACCAUGAGAUUGACCAUAUCAGCAGAGUGUCCCAUGCAGUUGGAGGAUUUCCCUAUGGAUACUCAUGCCUGCCCACUCAAAUUUGGCAGCUAUGCCUACCCUAUCUCAGAAGUGGUGUAUAAGUGGACUAAAGGUCCUGGCAUGUCUGUGGUAGUGGCAGAGGAAGGGUCACGUCUUAACCAAUACCAUCUGAUCGGCCACACUGUCGGUACGGAAGAUAUCAGCUCAAGCAGAGGUCAAUACACAGUCAUGAUGGCCCAUUUCUACCUGAAGAGGAAGAUCGGUUACUUUGUGAUUCAGACCUACAUGCCCUGUUUCAUGACUGUCAUUCUGUCCCAAGUCUCAUUCUGGCUCAACCGUGAAUCUGUCCCUGCCAGGACGGUCUUUGGUGUGACCACAGUGUUGACCAUGACCACCCUCAGCAUCAGCGCCCGCAACUCUCUGCCCAAAGUAGCAUAUGCCACUGCAAUGGAUUGGUUCAUCGCUGUUUGCUAUGCCUUUGUGUUCUCUGCGCUUAUUGAGUUUGCCACAGUCAACUACUUCACCAAACGCAGCUGGGCUUGGGAUGGAAAGAAGGCCUUGGAGGCUCAGCAGCCUAAAAAAAAAAAAGACCCACUGGCACUCUCCAAAAAGCCCAACAAUGCCUGUUCGUCUGGAGUUAACUUCACCCCCAACAUCACGAAGGAUGCUGCUAUCUCAACCAUCUCCAACAGCACCACUGUCCAGUUGAAAAGCGCCGAGACCAAGCCUGCAAUGGACCCCAAAAAGACCUACAACAGCGUCAGCAAAAUUGACAAGAUGUCCCGGAUUGUGUUCCCGGUCCUCUUUGGGACUUUCAACUUGGUCUACUGGGCCACAUAUCUCAACAGGGAACCGGUUAUUAAAGGAGCCGUUUAGCCCACACAAAAUCCCCGACACCACCGCGACAUUCCAUGCACAACCUCUUUUUCUUCUCCACUUCAGUAUUCAACGACAAGCUGACCCUGCAAAAAACGAUGCCGAGUACUUAUUUACUGCACCUCUCACUUCGCUAAUCUAUAAGAGGAGUGCUCCUGUUGAAGUUUCCUCCUGAUAUCAUAAAUUGCAUGAUCGAUUCAAAGCUCUAUGGGAAUAUAAUUGCCAUAUCUGCCUUGACUUCCUACUUUAUAUUUCCCUGGUUUCCACUGGUUAUCGCAUUCAUCUUUCAAUGAAUUGAGCGCCACACAAGCUACCAUUUCAGUCAUGAAGUUUCCAAGGGACUUGAACAAAAAUGAACGCAUUUGGCAUCAACAUUUAUCAUAGUAUAAAAAAAAAGAUUUAUGAAAAGAAGUACAGCAAGGCCAAAUGCUAUGCAAAAACCAUUUUCUACUAUGUUGCAAUGGGUAAUUGCUUAUAAUGAAACCCUUGCUUUGUAUUAAUGGACUUGAGGCUUCUCUUCUUUGUUUAAUAGCUUUAGCAUCAAUGAUAUAAGGCAGACAGAUGCUAUGCUAAGUUUUUAGCUAUGCUAAAAAUGUUGCCUUCAGAGGGAUUACUUCAUACGAGUGCUCGGGAAUGUCCCGAAAUUACUGAUUUCACUUUCGUUUGUCUUUUUUUCUAAGCUUUUUUGAAGUAGCUAAAUAGAAUUGCGCACCUUAGGCAGCUUUUCACACUUUAGACCAAGAUAUCCUGCAAGGUGAACAAGGUCGGGUUGCAGCUAAGACUUUCGAAUCAUUUGUACAUAGCUUGUGUAUGCUUUGCUUUUAACGUAGAUGCGGCUUAACGUUAGUGAGGAAGAGCUGAAAAUGGUUCUGAUACGCUACUCUAAUGUGCAGCCAAAGCGACAUGAAUGAUGGCGAAAACGCAGAUUGUAUUGUGAAAUAGUGUAGGCUUUGACAGAAUGUGGCAUUUCUUUACAGUCAGUAGUUUUUGACUUGGCUUUUCUUGCUGUUUACGCGACAGCCGUUUUCUUACUUUUCUCUGUGUUGUAAAUUGGUCAUUGGGUUUUGAGGUUGGAACGAGUUAGCAAAAGCCUUAAAUGUUGACACCUAGUGAUAUUUUCUUUGCGCUACCAUGUAGACUAAUGUGAAAUGAUCAGGUAAAAAGGUCUGAAAACAAAAUGAAAGAAACAUUUACAUUGAAUAAUUCAUACAUUUUUCAGAUUCUAAAAAAGAGAGAAAGG